CUUGAGAACCAGCAUACUCGAGACACCGCCAAAAUGGUCAAGAAGAGAAAGAAUAACGGCCGCAACAAGAAGGGCCGCGGCCACGUCAACCCCAUCCGGUGCUCCAACUGCUCGCGAUGCACCCCCAAGGACAAGGCCAUCAAGCGGUUCACUAUCCGCAACAUGGUCGAGUCUGCGGCGAUCCGUGAUAUUUCGGACGCCUCGGUGUUCGCCGAGUACACGGUUCCCAAGAUGUACCUCAAGCUGCAGUACUGCGUCUCUUGCGCGAUUCAUGGCAAGAUUGUCCGUGUCCGCUCCCGCGAGGGCCGCCGCAACCGCGCUCCUCCUCCGCGCGUCCGCUACAACAAGGACGGCAAGAAGAUCACGCCCACUCAGCAGGCUAAGACCGCCUAAAGGGCGUUAUUUCAUUUUCUUGCUUUGGCGUUCUGAAUUGGCGGCAUCUGGCUUUGGGCGUGGUUUUGAUGAUCCUACAGUAACGAGAUCAUGAUUCGGCUUUGCAUGACGAACCUGGCGAACCACGGAACGGAAUCAGGUUUUCCUUCGGCCCAGAGGGUCUCGUAGAGCCAUAGUCACCAAUUCAGAGAGCUCUUGUUGUGUGGACGUUCGACCGUG